UCCCCUGUUAAGACAACCUCCACCACCGUCCACCUGCCUCAUCUUCAAACGUUUGUGGCAGUAAUGUGACCAAAGAUAUUCUGUCGUGCACUGUUUGUCAGACACUUAAGACAAUGGAGGACUGUCUGCCUAUAGUGGAAGUAAACGAUGACAACUUUAUCAAGUUAUUGCCGGCUCUGAGAGCUGCUAUAAGAGGUGCAUCUUUUGUGGCCAUAGAUUGUGAACUGACUGGAAUUGGUGACCAAAGAAAGUUAAAUUGUCCAGAGAUUGAUCUACGGUACCAGUUUACUUCAGAAAUUGCUCGGAAUUAUGCAGUCAUUUCACUUGGGUUGUCGUGCUUCACCUGUAGAUCAGUUAGUGAUGUGCACAUGACUGAUAAGGAAGGUGGUGAGCAGAUCCGCAGUCAUGAUUACCUGGUACAAACCUUUAAUGUGCUGACACUAUGUAGUGAAAGCUUCAGAGUUGAUUGUGGUGCGAUUAAGUUUUUGCUGAACCAUGGCUUUGACUUCAACAAUGUGUAUGCCAAGGGGUUACAGUACUACAGAGGAUGUGAUCAAAAUAAAGAUGAGCCACCAAAUGUUCGACAGCUGUUCUCAACACUUUUGGAACAUCGAAAGCCAGUGGUAUUACACAAUGGCUUAAUGGACUUGGCAUUUCUUUAUCAGUGUUUCUAUGCAGAACUUCCCAAGAAGGCAGACACAUUUGCUGCUGACCUUACUGACAUGUUUCCGUGUGGAAUCUAUGAUACAAAGUAUAUUGCCGAGUACCACCAGUCCAUGCCAGCUACUUACUUGGAGUAUUUGUACAAAAAAAUGCAGCUAAAAAACACUCAGCGAGGGAAUAAAGGGGAAUGGCAUACACGGAUACAGUUUCCUCCUUACCCAAAAGGUCUUCCAAAUAUUGACUGGCAGCCAUACCGACAGAUCCAUUACUACAAUGCAGAGAAGGAUGAUGAUGGCUGUGAACUCUGUGAGACAUAUGCAUUCCAUGGCUGGUGUUCAAAGAAUGUUAAGUGUGAUAAGAGUCACAAUAUUAACAAGAUUGUGAAGCUCUUGCAGCCCAAAGCAUUAAAGAAACGUGGCGGCAAAUACACCGGUCCUAAGACAGGGUCACUUGUUAGUAUUAUCCAACAGGUAGCCAAGAGAGAAAUCUUAGAGACAAGAGAGAUGGAUGAUGAAGUUUCAAUAAAAAAGCGGAGGCUCUCCAAUGAAUUGACGAGAAACAAAUUAGAAAAAAGAAACAUGAUACCAGUGGUAAAUGAUGACAGUGGCCAAAAGAUGAAUGAGAAACAUGGUGCUAAUGGACAUAGGGCUGGCUAUGAUGCCUUCAUGACAGGGUUUAUAUUUGCAACUCAUGUCUCAGAAGGUAAUAAAUUAACAGCUAAAAAUCUAACCUUUACACCAGAGAAUAUUGGCUUGUCUGAACAGGUGAACAAGGUGUAUCUAAUGGGGAAGAACAUUCCCUUUCUCGUAAGAACUGGUACAUAUGCCAACAUGUCUACAAAUCAUAUGUUAAAAAUUCCCAAAGUAAGGAGAGACAAUGUAAUAUAAUGGGAAACUCUAGAUAUGAGCUAUACAGUGAGUUCUGCUAUAACGUGUGUUUUGACAAUGCGCAUUGGCUUUAAUGCGAUUUAUGAAUAGAGAAACGAUAUUUGUAUAACACGAAUGCUUGUUUGCUGUAACGCGAUUUUUGCUUACUAUUUCUCCAAUUUUGUGGUAUUAACUGUGAAUAU